CCUUCCGGUCUAGUUUCUGGUCGGAGGCGGUUACGGUGAGUUCUAGGGGGACUUCCUGAGAGCUUCCCUGCGGUGCUUGGCGGGAUUUGUUUUUACCCGAGUGGAGCUCACGUCGUCUCUGUGGCUCCUCCGAGCCUCUGCGGUGUGCACAGACCGUGCAAGGGGACCCUAGGAAGGACGCGAGGUCACCUGGACGCUGGGAAAUGGACCCAGUGGUCUUUGAGGAUGUCUGUGUGAACUUCACCAAGGAGGAGUGGGCUUUGCUGGAUCUUUCACAGAAGAGACUCUACAGAGAUGUGAUGUGGGAAACCAUCAAGAACCUAAAUUGUACCGGGAGAAAUUUAGAAGACCAGAAUAUUGAAGAUCAGUUUCAAAAUGUCAGGAAAAAUCCAAGAAGUCAUGUAGCCCAGAGACUAUCUGUAAGGAAAGAUGUUCGUCCAUAUGGAGAAACCAUCAGUCUUGUGGCAGACAACCACCUAAAUGCGCAAACGCCUCCUGGACUUGAACUGUGUGAAAGCCGUGCGUGUGGAGAAGGUUUGGUUCAUUCAUCACUUAAUAGGCCCAUCGGAGCGCACAGAGGAAAGAAACCGUCUGAUUGUAAGGAACACAGAAAGAAGGCAUAUAAACAUAAGCAAUAUGAAAAACCCUUCAUUUCUCUUGAAAACGUGGGGAGACGCACAAGAACGCAAAGUGGCAUGGGGCCUUAUGAAUGCAAGAUAUGUGGGAAAACUUUCCAGUGCCUCAAUUUAUUUCACUGUCAUGCAGAAACUCAUCCUGUAGGCAAACCCUAUGAAUGUAAGGAAUGUGGGAAAGCCUUCUUUCAGUUAAGUUUCUUUCGAAUCCACGAAAGGAGUCAUACUGGAGAAAAGCCCUAUGAAUGUAAGCAGUGUGGGAAAGCCUUCAAGUGUUUCGGUUAUUUACAAAUUCAUAGGAGAACGCACACUGGAGAGAAACCCUAUCCAUGUACGCAGUGCGAUAAAGCCUUCCGUUGUCACGGUGACUAUCGAAGACACGUGAUGACACACACAGGAGAAAGACCCUAUGAAUGUAAGCUAUGUGGAAAGACUUUCAGUCGUGCCUUUCACUGUCAAAGGCAUCUAAUAACUCACACUGGAGAACGACCCUACAGAUGUGAGGACUGUGGUAAAACAUUUCCUUUUCUCGCACAUCUUCAAAAACACAGGAUCACUCACACUGGAGAUGGACCUUACAAAUGUAAAGUAUGUGGGAAGGCAUUUCGUUGGCCCAGUUCCUUUCACGAGCAUGAAAGAACUCACACUGGAGAGAAACCCUAUACGUGUAACGUGUGUGGGAAAGCCUAUAGUUGUUCCCGAUAUUGUCGAAAACAUGAAAGAAUUCACACCGGGGAGAAACCCUAUGAAUGUAAGCAGUGUAGGAAAGGCUUUAUUUCUCGCAGAUCCCUUCAAAAACAUGAAAGAAUUCACACUGCAGCGAUACCCUGUCAAUAAGCAAUGUCGGUAAACCUGUCAAUAUGCCCAUCAAGUAACAAUACCUGAAAGAACUCAUAUUAGGGGGAAAUUUUGUAUAUGUAAGGAAAGUGGGAUGUUUUUCGCAUCCAUUACAAAUAUAUGAUAGAGGGGCUGGCAGAUGGAAUGGUGGCUGAGGAUGUUGCAUUCCCAUACAGCAACCGUGGUUUGACCUGGCGGCUUACUUUCUUGCUUUCUCUCUGCCACUCUCUGGUCAAAUUUAAAAUAAAUAAGUAAACAAAGUUAAAUAAAAUAUUUAUUUAAAAAAAUUUUAAUACAUGCUAGAACUCAUACUUAAGACAAACCUUACAAAUGUAAAAAAUGUUGGAAAGGGACCAGCAGAUGGUGUGGUGGUUAAGGUGCUGGAUACUCCCAAC